GUGAGCGAAUCGGGGUGUGUGCUCUUUCCAGCUCGAGCAGAACGCUGGUGUCAGCGCUGGGGGCUCUGGGUUCCCGGCAGAAGCACAGCCUCCCCGACCUGCCGUACGAUUAUGGCGCCCUGGAGCCUCACAUCAACGCGGAGAUCAUGCAGCUGCAUCACAGCAAGCACCACGCGACCUACGUGAACAACCUGAACACCCUCGAGGAGCGGUAUCGAGAGGCGCUGGCGAAGGGUGACAUUACAACUCAAGUAGCUCUUCAGGCCGGGCUGAAGUUCAAUGGUGGAGGCCACAUCAAUCAUUCCAUCUUCUGGACGAACCUGAGCCCUAAGGGGGGUGGCGAGCCCAAAGGGGAAUUGCUGGAAGCCAUCAAACGUGAUUUUGGUUCCUUCGACAAAUUUAAGCAGAAGUUGACCACUGUAUCCGUUGGCGUCCAAGGCUCAGGUUGGGGCUGGCUUGGUUUCAAUAAGGAACAGGGGCGCUUGCAGGUUGCUGCUUGUUUUAACCAGGAUCCCCUGGAAGGAACCACAGGUCUUAUUCCAUUGCUGGGAAUUGAUGUGUGGGAGCAUGCUUAUUACCUUCAGUAUAAGAACGUCAGACCGGAUUAUCUAAAGGCUAUUUGGAAUGUAAUCAACUGGGAGAACGUAACUGAGAGAUACAUGGCUUGCAAAAAGUAAAACAUUGUCAUUACACCGAGCAGAAUAAGCUUUUUACGACUAUUUUUGUAGUAGUGCAGCAUUCCAUAGUAUACUAACAAGCUCUGGGAUAGCAUUUCUUAAUGUGGCUCAAGUAUUUGAUAAACAUGACUUAAUGCUAUGAAUCUCUUGUUUUCAAAUUUUAUUAUUGGGUAACUGAAAAUAGUAAGUGCUUUGUAUGAUUUAGUCUUGAUUGAACAUUUUCUUCAAGAGCUGAAGUAGCUAGGAGGUUGUAAUUGUCAUCAUAAAACCAUUAAAAGUAUCUCAGCCCUGUCUCUUAGGGCAUCUUGAGAAGCCUUUUGGCCCUGUUACAUUGUAGUCGUAGAAAACCUGGUCCUUUGCCCCAGUGUUUAACUAUAAAAGAUUAAAUUUAUUUCCCAAGGGAAAUGUUCAGUUUUUCUAUUGAAAACUGCUGUUUUUGUAAGUAAGCUUCUGUCUACUAGUACUUCCGGUAGAUACCACCCAUUGGCCUUUACUUAUUUUUGGUCACAUGUUACACAAGGUUAACACCAUUUUGUCUUUUAACAAAAUAUAACUUGAUUGCUAAUUGAGAAUUGCUUUAUUAUGGAAAGGAAAUAGUCGUGCAUUUGAAUUUUUCUGUUGGGAGAAAUAGACUCUAUGUAAAUUUUGUCAUCAGACAGAAAUAUGUGUUGUGUACAUGCUCAAAAUGGACAGGUUUGGGCCUUGUGGAUAACAAGGAUGUUGGGAAUGGGGCCACAGAUCAUUCUGGCUGGGCCCUCCCCCCAACCCCUCCCAGUCCUGCUCACAAGCAUCCCUCUGGGGGGAUCCAGCCUGAAUCAGGUGCAGACUUCCUAGAGAGGUGAAGGGGUUGCAUUCUGGAUGCGGUCAGUGGCAUGUCCCCGUCUAGGAACAAUUUUUUUUUGAAGACUUGUUUUUGAGUUAUUCUAUCACUUUUGAUCUUUUGUUUUCUUUUAAAAAAUACACAGACACUAUAGAAACUUUAUAUUGUUUAGUCCUUUGAGUAAAGGCAGACGAUACCCAUAAUCCAGUAAUCCAGCAGGUCAGGUUAUGUUCCUGUUUAGCGUUUGCAGACGGGACUGUUUAAAUGUAGCAGGGAUCCUUUGUGUAAUUGGGCUUAUUAACAUUGUCACGCGUUCCAUAUUUCAUUAUUUUACUGGCUGUGUAAUUUAUCAAUUGGACACUUCCUAAUUUAUUUUACAUUUCUGGUACUGAAUAUUUCAUUGGUUUCUAAUUGUUACUUAUCCAAAUAAUGUUGUGAUGAGCAUCCCACAUAGGUUUUGCCUUCUAUUGGAAUAUUUUUUCUAUAUAGGUUUUUUUCUUAAACCUAUUCAGUAAUAGAAUGUUUUCCUAAGUUUAUUUUUCCCCCAAAUUAGUCUAUUUUUUUUUUGCAUGGAAAAAUGGAGUAACUUAGCAGUUUCAAUAUUGAAGACUGAAGUUGAAAAAAAAAUUUUAAUUUAAGGCACUUUUCUUUUAGAGUUCAAGUAGAAAGUACUUAGGCUUUUGGAAUUGUCAACAGUGUGGACGAGACCAGGGAGAGCUCUGUGUGUGCUUGGAGACUGAAAACACUUUGACGGCUGGGAUCGCCAUUCUUUCUAUACCACAGCACCGUGACUUUCACGGAGCACAGAUGGGAGUCAUGUGAUCACUGCUUAGAUGUAUGUGUAUGUACACACGUGUACCUACAUGGAUACAUACACACGAAUAUAUGCACACACCUAUGUCUAAACAAGGCAGUGAACUCUGUUUAAAUGGAACAUCUAGAAAAGUAGAAUCUUUUUGAAAGAUGGGCUUUUGAAUACAAGUAGUCUGCCAGAUCAUGGUUUGUCUUGAACUGACAAAGGUAUGCAAAGACUACUGAUUCAUACAAUGCUUUUUGACUUUUACUAAGCUUUAAGAUUGCAAAAAAUUCAAUGUUGAAAUUUCUAUAGGGCUCUAUUUUUGCUUUGAUUUUCCGUUGAGGGAACAAGGGAAAGCCCACUGUUCGUUUUCGUGUCUUCUCCUCAUCAGUUAGAUUGUAAGAGACUAAGAUAAAUUACAGAGAACGAUGUUAAUCAUCCAGCAGAAAAUGAGACUUUAAGAUUUUGUUUAGCCCUGUUUUUGAUAGUAGAAAAUAAAUUUAGAAAAGUGAGAGCAGCUGCUUCUGAAAUAAACCAAAUGGUGUUCAUCCAAGAGGGGUUUUUGUGGCCGAAUCAGUAGUGCCUACUCUGGUCUUAAAUGUGCUUCAACCCCAUAGUGGUUAGAGCCGAAGGAAAGCAGGACACAAGGCCAGUAUCACCCGAGGUGGAAUCUGAUGCUUGAGCUGUUGUGUGAUCAUUAAACUUUGAUGUUGAGAAUUUACAGUUUUAUUGCACACCUCAGAUUCACGAUUAAAAUAAGAUUUGAGUUUCCGGUGAAUACCUUUAAAAAAGUACCACCAAAACCGUAAAAUUAAGAUGGAUGGGUAUUGUGAGUCCUCUCUAAAACUAGGUCUAAGUACAAAUUUUGUUUUGAUUUCAGGGGAGCUACUGUUUGGGAAAGCUAUUAGGUAGAUGUUUUGUAAAUUACUGUUUCUCAUUUUCAGUCAUGUGUGAUAUUUUCAGCAAGCUAAUGUCCUGUCUUAGGUACGCAUCAGACCUGGCACACAUUAAAAAUCCUACAAAGUCCUGGAUGGUUUUCAUUUAAUUAAUCAAUAGAGAAACACUUAUUUUCCUAUUAUAAGUGUGAAGCUUUUUGAUUGUUAAUAAAAGAAUCUACCAACCAUCAAAA